UCUCUCUCUGUCUCUCCAUUGUUUUGCAGUGCACAACCAUAACAAGAGCACAGAAGAGAAGAGACUGAGGGAUCUAGAAGUGUGCAAAGCAAUGGCAAGUGACAACAAGCCUCAUGCAGUAUGCAUACCAUUCCCAGCACAAAGCCACAUAAAAGGAAUGCUCAAACUAGCAAAGCUCCUCCACCAUAGGGGUUUUUACAUCACCUUUGUCAACACAGACUUCAACCAAAACCGCCUUAUCAAAGCCAGAGGACCUGACUCUCUCUAUGAUUUCCCCAACUUCCAAUUCAAAACAAUCCCAGAUAGCCUCCCACCAUCCGACCCCAACGCCACCCAAGACGCAAUUGCUCUCUGUGGAUCAGUCAGAACGAACUUCUUGGCACCAUUUCGCAACCUCCUUGCCCAACUCAACGAGGACAACUACAAUGCCACCACACCAGCUGUCACUUGCAUUGUCUCUGAUGGUGUAAUGCCAUUCACCAUUACAGCAGCUUAUGAACUCCAAAUCCCCGUUGCUGUGUUCUGGACUUUUUCUGCUUGUAGCUUCAUGGGCUUUUAUCAGUUUCGUGCUCUCUUGGACAAAGGUCUUGCACCACUCAAAGAUGAAAGCUAUCUAACAAACGGGUACUUAGACACCAUAAUAGACUGGAUUCCAGGAAUGAAAGAUAUUCGUCUAAAGGACCUUCCAACAUGUUUCCAAACUACUAAUCCAAAUGAUGAAAUAUUUAACUUAGCCAUGGAAUCGGCAGAGAGUGCUUCUCAAGCUUCAGCAAUUGGUCUUCAUACUUUCAAUGCGUUGGAACAAGAUCUUUUGGAUGCUCUCUCAUCUAUGUUUCAAAAUGUUUACACCAUUGGUCCUUUACAGUUACUUCUAAACCAACAAGUAUCACCAGACUUGGAGCGUCUUGGAUACAAUUUGUGGAAAGAAGAACCAAAGUGUCUCCAAUGGCUUGAUUCCAAAGAACCUAGCUCCGUUAUUUAUGUCAAUUUUGGAAGUGUAACAGUCAUGUCACUGCAACACUUGGUAGAGUUUGCUUGGGGACUUGCCAAUAGCAAGCACUACUUCUUGUGGGUAAUUAGGCCUGAUCUGGUAAUCGGAGACUCGGCCAUUUUACCUCCGGAAUUCAAGGCAGACACUAAAGAAACGGGACUGAUAGCAGGGUGGUGCCCGCAAGAGGAAGUCCUGAACCACCCAUCAGUUGGAGUGUUCUUAACACACAGUGGAUGGAACUCAACUAUUGAGAGCUUGACGGCGGGGGUGCCCAUGAUGUGUUGGCCAUUUUUUGCAGAUCAGGUGACAAAUUGUAGGUAUACUUGCACUGAAUGGGAGGUUGGCAUGGAGAUUGAUAAUAAUGUGAAAAGAGAUGAAGUAGAGAAGCUGAUUAGAGAGUUCAUGGAAGGAGAGAAGGGGAAGAAAAUGAAGAACAAGGCUAUGGAGUGGAAGAAUUUAGCAGAAAAGGCUACUGGACCAGAUGGGUCAUCCACUUUGAAUUUGGACAAACUAGUGAAUGUAUUACUAUCGAAAAACUAAGAUAUUUUGGUAUUUGGGAUUGGGUUUUGGUUUGAGUUUGGAAAAUAAUUUUGUGUAAUCAAUUUCAUUUUGUGUAAUGAUUUUGUUUAGAUUGUG